GCUGGAUAACAAUAACAAAGAGGUAAGCGUGGCCCUGACCAGCCCACCCCACAACAGGAAGAAUGGCUGAAAAAGCAACGACUACAUUUUCACACCUUCUGGUCCCUAUUCUUCUCUUGAUUGGCUGGAUUGUGGGCUGCAUCGUAAUGGUUUAUGUUGUCUUCUCUUAG